AUACCUUUCGUCAUUUAUAACCGGUAUCAUAGUAAGUGUAUACUCUUUGACCGCUAGUUGUGUUGUAAGAAUAAUGUUUUAUUUCUUUAUUAUAUUGGCGAGUUUAACUGUUAGUUCACGAUGUGAUGAAACAGACGGCGGUAAAGCACCGAGAAUACCUUUGAAUGAUGGCAACACCAUUCCUGCUCUUGGACUUGGAACAUUCUUAGGAUUUGACGAACAAGGCCAGAAGAAAGUGGGACCACGUGAAAUCGAACUUCCCGUAACAUGGGCUCUUAAUGCUGGUUAUAGGUUGAUAGAUACAGCGUCAAUAUAUGGAAAUGAAGAUCAAAUUGGUGUGGCGAUCCAGAAAUCAGACGUCCCCAGGGAAGACAUAUUCAUCGUCACCAAAUUAUCAUUACACGAACAGAGAAACGUGGUAUCAUCGUUGAAGAAAUCGUUAGCUCAAUUGAAUACGCCUUAUGUGGACUUAUUUUUGAUACAUUUUCCAGUUGCUUUUAAGCCAAAUUCCGAGGAAUUCGAUGUAAUUGACUACUUGGACACUUGGAAGGGGAUGGAAGAAGCGAAACGUCAAGGCUUAGCCAAGUCCAUUGGUAUAAGCAAUUUCAAUAUUAGCCAAAUCGAAAGAUUACUGGAGAACUCUGAAAUAAAACCAGCGGUGUUGCAAGUUGAGGUCAACCUAAAUUUAGCUCAAAAUAAACUUCUACUGUUCGCGAAGGAUAAUGACAUAACAGUGAUGGCUUACUCGCCGUUUGGUUCUCUAUUCACGAACAGCUCCGCUCCACCAUCGCCGAGGGUCAAUGACCGUACUCUUAGAGCUUUGGGCGAGAAAUAUGGCAAAACUGUACCGCAAAUCGUUUUGAGAUACCUCGUCCAAAGAGGCGUUAUACCAAUUCCAAAGUCGACCCACAAGGAGAGAAUUGAGAAGAACGUCGACGUCUUCGACUUCGAACUAUCACCAGAUGAAAUGGACACAUUAAGUAAAUUUAAUAAAGAUUACAGACUAGUAUGGCCGAGUUUUUGGCAGGACCACCCUUACUAUCCCUUCGAGAAGAAGGUCAAGCCCGACCCCAAUCCUUUCCAUGCUGGAUAAACUUAAGCAUUAACAAAAUUAUGUUAGAAUAUCUUAUUUUGAAUAAUUAAGAAAUACAUUUAUAUGUUUAUCCGAAUAAAAAACGUACUUAAUA